AUGGAGGGCUCCCGGGUCGCCCCGGGCGACUACGUGCCGGUAUCCGCCGGGCACCAGCAGGCUUUGCUGGGCGAGCUGGCGGAGCCAGGGCGCGGGGUGGUGCACCUCGCUUGCAACACCGAGGCGCCGUUCCGGGUCGUCUUCUCCCACAGCGAGGGCCCCACGCGCGGGCGCGCCGAGGUGCUGUGCUUCGUGGUCGGCAAGCGCCGGAACUCGGUCUCCACCGUGGGCUUCGGGAACCCGUACCAGCCGAAGAAGCAGCACCUCGAGUGCACGUACGAGGAGGACGCUCGGCUCAGCCCACAGCAGGCCACCCGCGACUUCUGGUUCCUCGUGGACGCCAGCCGCGGUCUCAUCGCCUUCGGUGCGGGCGCGCCGAUGGCGGAGACCUGCCGUGCGCUGGUGCCGCUGAGCCCCGCCGACUGGGCCAAGCGGGAGCUCAUCGCCCAGCUCCGGUACGUCUAUGCAGCUAGAGCGGCAGGCGGAUCACGGGCGUGGUGUUCCGAUCCCUGCGGCCGCCCACGGACCUGGCGCUGCGGGCCGCCGUGGACUCCCGCGGGGUGCCCCUCCCGAGGCCCCAGUGCGCGGUGGUGCACUUCCUCCGCGAGGGCAGGCAGCGGGAGUUGCUGGAGAGAGCCCAGCAGGUGGUCCUGGACUCCCCGCUGCGGGGCAACUUCGUGGGAGCGCAGGAUCUGUUCGUCCCGCUGCACGAGCCACUCGACGAGCUGCAGAGGAGUGCGUACUUUGAGGGGCUGGGCUGGCCAGCGCUGUGCCAGCAGCUCAGCGAACGGCUCGCGCUGGUGCUCUCCUCGGCGCCCUGGACCGUGUUCGCUCUCAAGAUCAGGAAGGUCGAGAUCGACCGCAUCCUCCUGGAGCCCGCCACGCGGGAGACCAAGAAGGCGCUGGACGCCUACCGCGCUGGCGUGGCGGCCGCGACGCAGGCGCCCCUGGACAGGUUCGGGGAGCUCAGUCUGCAGCUGGCCCUGCCUAUCGGAGGUCGGGACCUGCACGCGACCGCCAGCGCCCGCCAG